AUGCUGCAGCACGAGCAGCAAGGACUUGGACUCAGAGAAAGUGUUACUGUGCUGCACCUUCCGCUGCUGCAGCAGCUGCAGCAGCGGGGGCUGCUGGUGGUUUCGCCCGAGGGCUUUCCGCAGCCCCGCGCGCGCCUCCCCCGCGCCCCCCACUGCAGCAGCAGCAGCAGCAGCAGCAGCAGGGCCCCACAGCGGCGCAGCACUUACGAUGAUUUGCUGCUGCUGCAGCUCGCGCUGCGGCGAGAUGCCUUUAUAGUCAGCAACGACCGCAUGCAAGAUCUGCAGCAGCUACACCCCCACUACAGCCAACUUAUCAAGGAAAGAAGGCUUUCUUACGCCUUCUCAGGGUCGGGCGCUGACCCAGGCAGCUGGUCAGUUUUGCCUUUGCCCGCGGACUUGACUGCUGCUGAUAUCAGCAGCAGCAAGUGCAGCAGCAAAUGCAGCAGCAGCAGCAGCAAAGUCAACUGCGAGCUGGCCAUUUGGCUGCGAAUCGCCCGGGCCAUUUUUAGGCGAGUCGAAUGA